AUGGCCCUAUUCGAUCAUAUGCGUAACCGUGGCAGAGGAAUCCACCGCAGUAUCGACACAACUAGCACAUCUCACAAAUCCACCAACGUUUCCAUGGCCAGCCCGAUCAACUCCCCAUCACUCGGUGCGUCCAACACUAGCGGCACCACCGCCGAAACCGACUCUACAGCUCCUGGCCCAUACUGCCCACACGGUCACCGGACAUUCACCUUCCACAUCGACAUGGUCGGUCCUUGCGAAUCCAUCGCACGGAGACCGGCGAACCAGUGCUUGGAGUGCCAACAUACACCAGACGCCACCGCCUCAUCUGCCGGCAUCGCCUUCGUACACUCUGUCACCACUUAA